GGUGCCCUGCUUUCAGAAUGAGUACGGUAAUCUGCAGCCGCAGUCAUUCGCUUGUUUAUUCCUGGUCUGUGUCGCACCGCUGAUUCACUGACUUCACCUGAUUACCUGGAGCCAGAGUCGGCGUUUACACCUCGGACUGUAGCGCACAGCUCCUCCGCAUACAGAGGAUCAUCGGGUGUAAUCGAGAAGAGGCUGCUGGGCCAAGUUCCACUUUGGGAUCAUAAAUAUUUAUAUUAAAUUACCUCUCCGUGUGAAUCUAUAAAAGUCUGGGUUCAUGCCGGAUUUUGAGCACUUCAGAUUUUCCUACUCUAGUAUGAAUCCGGUCCUGGAGGAGAGCGGUUUCCUGGCCCCGCAGCAACAACAUCCCCAAAUGCCGAGCCAAACCGAUUACGCCAUCCCAGACCCGGGCUACUUCCUGGGGGACCACGGCAGGUUCGGGCUUGAUGGGCUGUCCGGGCUGGACCUGGGCGCUUUGCCACCGUCGGGCCUCGCCUACCUGCACCUGAGCAGCCCCUUGCACCGCGUCCCCCCGGCGGCCACGGCUCUGCGCAACGACCUGGGCUCCAACAUCAGCGUGCUGAAGACCCUGAACCUGCGCUUCCGCUGCUUUCUGGCCAAAGUGCACGAGCUGGAGCGCAGGAACAAGGUGCUGGAGAAGCAGCUGCAGCAGGCUUUGGAGGGCAACAGCGGGGGCGAUGGACACCAGAAGCCCCUCACUAAAGACAUGGGAGUCCAGACCGGAUUCAUCGGGCCUAUCCCUGCAAGGCCGGGUUUCAUCCCGCUCCUCAACGCCAACAAUUCUGCAUACCUGCCCGGAGGCCUCCUCUCCCCCACUUUGAACCCCCCUCCUCUGUUUGACAACAAAUACCUGAGCACGGAUUCCAACUCCAACCUCACCACCUCCGGCUUCUCCAUCAGCCCGGCUCUGAGUCCCAUGGACCCAACCAAAACCAUCACCAAUAUCAACGAGAAGUACUCCGCUCACACCGGGACAAACACCAACGCUCCCCCACCUCCCCCUCCUCCGCCACCUCGCUUCCUCCCCGGGACGAUCUGGUCUUUCAACCACACCCGCCGCUUUGGCACCGGGAGGGAGUCGUGCGUCACGGGGCCCGGGGUCUCCUGGACGCACCCGGACGGUGUUGGAGUCCAGAUCGACACCAUCACGCCGGAGAUCAGGGCUCUGUACAACGUGCUGGCCAAAGUGAAGAGAGAAAGGGAUGAAUAUAAGAGGAGAUGGGAGGAAGAGUACACAGCCAGAAUGGACCUGCAGGAGAAGGUGGCUGAACUCGAGGAGGACCUGCAGGAGAGCGAGGUGUGUCAGGACGAGCUGGCUCUGAGGGUGAAGCGUCUGAAAGAGGAGCUCGUUCUCUUCAAAGGACUCGUCAGCAACAACCUGUCAGAUCUGGACACUAAAAUCCAGGAAAAGGCCAUGAAGGUGGACAUGGAUAUCUGCCGCCGGAUUGACAUCACCGCCCGCCUCUGUGAUGUCGCCCAGCAGAGGAACUGCGAGGACAUGAAUCACAUCUUCCAGCAGGUGCCCACACCGCCCUCCACUUUGAGCCGCCGGGUCAGGAAACACAGCGGGCAGUCAUCGAAGGGCGGGGACGGAGACGAGCUCAGCGUGUCAGAGAGCGAGGGAGGCGGGGCCAAAAGCGAGGAUUCGUGCAGCACGUCGGCCAAUCAGCUUAAUGAGCAGAUGCAAAAGAUGCUGAACCAGCUGAGGGAGUGUGAGUUUGAGGAUGACUGUGACAGUCUGGCCUGGGAGGAAACCGAAGAAACUCUUCUGCUGUGGGAAGAUUUUCCAGGAUGCACACUGGGAGUGGAAACACAAGGAGAGGAGGAGUCCAUCGAGGAAGUGAUCAAAGACACGGAGUCUCUGUUCAAAUCCAGAGAGAAGGAAUACCAGGACACCAUCGACCAGAUAGAGCUGGAGCUGGCCACAGCAAAGAGCGACAUGAACCGCCACCUGCACGAGUACAUGGAGAUGUGUUCAAUGAAGAGAGGCCUGGAUGUCCAGAUGGAGACCUGCAGGAGGCUCAUCACACAGAGCGGAGACAGGUCCAAGUCCACCUCGCUCAUCUCGCUGACGGUGGAUGACUCUGACAGCGAGGAGAAGGACAGGAAGAAGCCGGCGCUGCCCGCCGACUCAGAGAUCGGCGACUCCUGCUGCGACGUCAACGCCGCCAUCCCACCUCUGACCUGGAGGAAACCCUAACACACGCUUCCUCUGAGGAAGAACAAAGCAGAGCUUCCACACGUCUAAAAUCAUGUCUCUGUGAUUUCUGUCACAUUUUAAGUCUCCAGUGUGAUUUUUACUGAUCGUAAAGUCAGGCCAACAUGGCAGCCGGAGAUUCAGAGCCAAGCGUGGAGGUUUUUACUGCUUUAUAAGGUUCUUAUUGAUGAACCUGUAGUUUGUUUGCAAUUAUUAGUUAUAGUAUAUGAAGUCAUUUUAAUUUAAAAAGCCACAACAGUAAUCGAGUGUGUGUGCGAGUGCUGCCCUCACAUGGUUACUAGCUGUAACUGCACAUCUGGAGGUCAAAACAAAACUUAACUGCACUUUAAAGAAAAGAUGAGAUGCCUAUGAGCUACAUUAUUGUAUUUGCACACCAAGCUCGCCAAAACUGUUGUUUGUAAAAAUGUCUCUAAUGCUGCAGGAUUAAAAGGACGCACACAGGCUGUAAUGCAGAAAGAAAGCAGUUUGCACAGCUCACUGUUCCCACUCUAUAUUAAAGUGCAGUGGUUUUAUAUUACACAGUCAUUAGCAGCAGCUUCAAAAUGUUAAAGCUCACGUUUAAUUUGAGUUUUUGAUUAUUUCUACCUGUAGUAAAGACAAAAAUCCAGUGAAAGACCAGCUCGCCUUAAACCGAUUUCCAGGAUUCUGGGGGG